UGCAAUCUCAAAAUCAACAGUCUCUCCCUCUUUCCUCUUCAUGUCUCUUUAUAUGUCACUUUGUCUCUGUCUGUAGUACUAGGAACAAUCCAAAAUAUUUUAAGGUUGUAAUGAAAUUGAGGAAGCCAGAAUCAUGCAAAUGCCACAGAUUUUCCUUUACCUGUGUCUUGUUGUCACCCUGAGUCCAGUGGGGCUCAUGAAUACCCAGCAGCCUAAGGAGAAGGGAGAGAAUGAAACACGCUGUUCAGCUUGUGACUGGAGGGAGAAAAGUCUGCCAUUAAGGCUGGAAGCAAUCAAGUCUCAACUUCUCAACAAGCUGCGCCUCAAACAGGCACCUAACAUUAGUCGGGAUACUAUAAAACAACUCCUUCCCAAGGCACCCCCACUACAGCAACUUCUUGACCAGUACGAUGUGCAAGGGGAUGACUGUAAUGACGCACCACUCGAGGAUGAUGAUUUUCAUGCUACCACAGAGACCAUCAUCACAAUACCUACUGAACCGGAUUUUGCCAUCCCAAUGGAGGGAAAGCCUAAAUGUUGCUACUUCAAGUUCAGUUCAAAGAUCCAGCACAACAAGGUUCUCCGAGCUCAUCUUUGGAUACACCUGAGGCCAGUUCAGCGACCAAUGACCAUAUACAUACAGAUCUUCAGAGUCAUAAAACCUAAGGUGGGUGAUGAUGGCCCAAGGGUAACAGGCAUUCGUUCUCUGAAAGUGGAAAUGAACUCGUGUACUAGUGGGAUUUGGCAGAGUGUGGACUUUAAAAUGGUACUACAGAACUGGCUAAAACAUCCGGAGACCAAUUUUGGCAUUGAAAUCAAAACUUUUGAUGAUACUGGGCGUGACCUCGCUGUAACUUCCCCAGGACCAGGGGAAGAAGGGCUGCAACCAUUUCUGGAAAUAAAGAUUACCGAUAUACCAAAGAGGUCAAGAAGAGAUUCUGGUCUUGAUUGUGAAGAACACUCAAAUGAAUCUCGAUGUUGCCGUUACCCUCUCACUGUGGACUUUGAAGCUUUUGGUUGGGACUGGAUUAUUGCUCCUAAAAGAUACAAAGCUAAUUAUUGUUCUGGAGAAUGUGAGUUUGCAUUCCUGCAAAAGUACCCACAUACUCAUGUAGUACUUCAAGCAAAUCCUAGGGGCUCAGCAGGACCUUGCUGUACCCCAACCAAAAUGUCACCAAUUAAUAUGUUGUAUUUCAAUGGAAAAGAACAAAUAAUCUAUGGAAAAAUUCCAUCCAUGGUGGUUGAUCGUUGUGGGUGCUCAUGAAUUUGUCUUGUUGGGGUAAUGCCCACUGCAUCAAAAAACAUGGAGUGGCAAACAUGAUUAUCCCUCAGUAGGUUUUUCCAUUAUCAAGUUCUGUGCAAUAGACUAAGAAAAAGACUUAUAGUACAGAUUCACAGUGUACUGCAGCGCAUUAUAUGUGAAUUUGCUAAGAAGUCAAAUCAUGCAGUGGAUGGUCGUCUUGUUGGGAGCUGAGCCAGAAAAAAAAACUGUGGAAUAAAGAUAAGAAACACACCUAUAUAUACAGAUAACACUGUAUACAAUAAAGGAAUGUAUAUGUCUGUUGGUUGGACUCAGUUUUAAUGGAUAAAACAGAAUUAGAUGGGUAUAAUUUAAAAAGAAAAUAAUUACUCACAGCUUCAUUACAUAAUGUAUUUACACAAAUAUAUCAUAAUCUGGUAAAAAUAGCAUUCUGACCACAAUGCCAUCUGACUAAUUUUCCUAAACACUUGAAUUAAUUAUAUCAGCAUGACCAAGAAGAUAAACUUGACGUAUUCAGAGAAAGAGAGCCUAGACUAGGGGUGUCACACUAUUCAUGCUAUAGUAAUUGUAUAUCAAGCAUAUACUAUUGAUUUAAGACUGGUUAUAAAAAAGGAUUUAGAAUCAUGCCAUGGCAGCUUUUUUCUCAAACAGUAUAGUGCCAUUUUGCAUAUAAUACAUACAUAUAUAUAUUAUGUAUCACUUUUAGAUAACUGUUAAACAAAUGCAUGACUCUGAUUACCUAAAUUCUUGUUGUGGCAUCCCUAGUUUAUAAGAAAGGCAUGAUUUAAAGCAAAAGGCAGAGAAAGAAAAGUGUUACAACUGAAUACCCUUACUGCAUGACUGCCUUUGCAACAGUACAGCUUGCACUAUAGCAAACCAGUCUAUGGAACUGGUUGCUACGAAUGUUGUAAAAACAGAUUUUGAUAUUGCAUAUAUGUACAUGGCAUUUUGUUUUGUAAAUACAUUUUCAUUCCUUUUUUCAUUUGUAGGUAUUAUGUGUAUAAAAAGAAUACUUUAUAGAUAAAUCUGUACCAUACAAAAUCAUAUAUGUGUUCUACA